AUGACGAGUGACGACCAGCAGUUCCUGGACCUGCUUGCGUCCAUCCCGCAAGACCUGGCGCACUAUGGCAGUCGUAUCGCAGACUACAUAGAGAAGCACACCAACGCCUUAGCAGCAGACAUCCGCGAUGCCAUAGAUCACGCGAGCUGGCUCCCUGACGCUCUACGGCCGCCUCGACAGUCCGGGGGAGGCCCAGGCAACUUCUUUGCGCGUCCAGCCCCUCCACCACAGGGUCUCGUCGAAAAGACUAGUACAUGGGUGUCUAAGAACCGCACGGCGAUUGCUGUCGUUGUGGCGUUUGCAGGGACGACCAUAUACCUGAUACACCGAAGGAAGAGGGCACAUGCACGGAAGAGAAGGGCGAGAAGACUGCCGAAUGGAGCGAAGAAGGAGAUUGUGAUUCUGGCUUGCUCGACCUUCCACGACCCAUUGACACGGUCUUUGGCACUGGAUCUAGAGCGGCGAGGCUAUGUUGUCUAUGUCACCGUCUCGUCUACCGAGGAAGAUUCGCUAGUCCAACAAGAAGCAAAAGCUGAUCUGCGCGCACUCUGGAUCGACCUUACUUCCACAGUCCCCAAUCCGGCCGUCGAUGUACAUCCAAACUUGGAACCAAUUCGCGAAUUGCUCAAGAAGUCAUCGCGCCCCUCAUCACCCAGCCGCAUUCGAUCAGCGCAGGGCUCCUCGAUGGGGAACAUGACACUGGCCGGUAUCAUCAUUUUCCCCGGAUCUUCCGGCUACCCUGAAGGGCCUCUGGCUUUGCUCCCACCAAGCGACGUCGUCGACACCAUCAAUACGCGCCUCGUCGCUCCAGUCUUGACAGUCCAACAAUUUCUUCCAUUACUAGCCAACCACAGUACAGAUCCGAAAUCUCCUUCGUCCAUCGUUAUUGCCUAUCCCUCAAUUACGAACUCAUUAUCUCCUCCACGCCAAAGCCCGGAGUGCCUAGUGACGUCGUCACUGUCCGCACUCUCGUCAUCCCUAAGGCGAGAGAUAGAUACAGCAAAGGCGAACAUCACCGUUAGCGAGCUCAAGCUUGGAAACUUCGACAUGGGAUCAGUCUCCUCGUCUCGAACAGGAUACGCCAAUACCCAACAAACGUCACCAACCAGCUUCAGCCCACACCAUCCGUCAACAUCAACGUCAUCUUCAGCAAUGACGCACUGGCACUCUUCUCAACGAGCCGCCCUGCAACGCAAGAGCCUUGGUCAGCGCGGUCUCAUCCGUGGCUCGUCAGCACGAGAAUUCCACAACGCCGUGUUUGACGCGCUCGCCCCACCGCAGACGUUCAAAGCGUUCGGCCGCUUCGAGUGGACGGCGACACGACGGCCUCAAGUCGUGUUUGUGGGCAGUGGGGCCAGGCUUUACGACAUCGCGGCGCACAUUUUGCCGAAUGGACUCAUUGCAUACAUGAUGGGCUAUCGAAGGAAAGAAGAUGAAGCAAUCGGGUUAGGCCUCGGCAAGAUAUACGAGAGGAAUGAACUACCUGCAAAAGACGCGGACUCGCUGUCGAGCGAAAGGGAGAGGGCGAAGCCCGCAGCAACUGCUUCGAUGAGUACUUGGGGGUUCAACUCUAUCGGCGGUGAGAGCGGGAUUUGGGAGAAGGUGUAG